AUGGACGGCCUCUCGGCAGCAUCCAGUAUUGCUGGUGUCAUUCAAGUGGCUGGAGCUAUUUCCAAACUAUGUGGAGGUUACGUUCAAGACGUAAAGGAUGCCACGGCCGACAUCAUCGCACUGCAACAAACGAUUCAGGGUCUCGUCGAUGUUCUUGAGCAGCUUUUGGCGUUCCUUGAUAAUCCCAAUUCAAGGUUUCGUACAAAAGUGUUGAAAGAUGAUGUCCGCGGUUGUCUUUUGGCACUAGAAGCCCUUGAAGGAAAGAUUGAUCCGGGAAAGGGCAAAAGAGCGAUGAGAAAGCUAGGGUUUCGAGCUCUAAAAUGGCCAUUGAAGCGUUCAGAAGUCGAAAAAUUGAUGGGUGAUAUUGAGGGAUAUAAGUCGUUAUUUUCUUUGUCGCUGCAGACCAAUCAAAUAGCAAUCAUUGCCAAUGUAGCUGGAACAACCAGCUUGAUUAAUAAGAAUAUGGAUCUAAAAAAGCUGCCAAUCGCUCAUGGGGCUGAAUUUGAUAUGGAUCAGCACGAAGAGGAAUGUCUUGAAGGGACCGGGACAGACCUCCAACAACAAAUAGCAGCAUGGGCAGCAUCACCAACAGGCUAUUGGAUCUUCUGGUUGAACACAAUGGCUGGAACGGGAAAAUCGACCAUAUCCCGCACAGUAGCCCGGUCUUUCAAACAGAAUAUGCAGCUGGGCGGAAGCUUCUUCUUCAAGAGAGGUGAGGGGGACCGAGGAACUGCGAUGAAGCUAUUUACGACCUUGGCGCAACAAAUCAUGAAUGCGGUUCCUGAAUUGGUUCCUAUGAUUCGAAAAGCUGUCCGGGAUGACCCUUUUAUUGCGAAAAGAGGACUCAGACAACAAUUCAACAAGCUUCUCCUUGAACCAUUGCUUGAAUUGAAAAGCUCAAGUACACGGCGAAUUUUGGUGAUUGUGAUUGAUGCCCUAGACGAGUGUCAAUCGGAUCAAGAUAUACGGGUAAUUCUUCAAUUGAUACCACAGUUUCAAGAGCUGGAAACGGUGCAAAUUCGAGUAUUUUUGACGAGUAGGCCGGAGAUGACAAAUCGUCUUGAAUUUUUCAAAAGGGUCAAUAUAGACUACAUGUAUGGUCUUGUCAGUGAGAUACCGGAAGACGUGACUGCACACGACAUAUUAUUGUUUCUGAAGCAUCGACUAGCUCAAAUUGGGAAGGAGCGCUCAUUAUCUGUUGGCUGGCCUGGAGAAAUCAAAACACAACAGCUUUUGAAAGUAUCUGGUCCGCUGUUCAUAUUCGCCGCUACCAUAUGUCGUAUAAUCAGUGAUCCUCAACGGGACCCCACAGACAGCCUCGAAAAUAUUCUUACUUGUCAAGGAAAGAGCGGUAGCCUUGACGGAACGUACCUCCCUGUGUUCAGUCGACUUCUUCUGGAUCAGAAUGGGAAACAAAAGAAGCAAAUUACACGGGAGUUUCAGGAUAUAGUCGGCACAAUCAUCAUCCUUGAAAGUCCUCUUUCUGUUAUCUCGAUAUCUGCGCUUCUUGGCAUGUCCGAACAUGUCAUCAAGCUGAGAUUACGUUCAUUAAAUUCUGUGCUGAGCAUCCCACAAGAUGAAAUCAUGCCGAUCAGACUUUUCCACACAUCGUUCAGAGAUUUUCUCCUUGAUCCGCAAACGUGCGAGAAGACUUCAUUUGCGAUAGACGGCAAGCUUUCGCACUCAAAAUUGGCGAUAAGAUGUCUUUCACUCUGUUCAAGUUUGCAAAAGAACAUUUGUGGGCUUGAGCAUGAUGGAACUCAAAGAUCUGAGAUUGACCCUUCACGUAUCAGCCACUGUUUUCCUCCCGAAGUUCAGUACUCGUGUCGGUUUUGGGCCUACCAUUUCACACAGGGUGAUGACCCAGAGACAUUAGAUAAUGUUUUCGCCUUCUUGCAGACACAUUUCCUCCACUGGAUGGAAGCAAUGGGAAUCAUGGGUCUUGCAUACGAAGUGGUAGGGAUUAUUGACCUUCUGUACUCCUGGGUGGAUAACCAUAUGUCCCGUGAGAUUUCUGGGUAUCUACGGGAUGCCAGACAAUUUGCAUUAAGGAAUACUGUCAUAGCAGAUGAAGCCCCUCUCCAGCUUUAUUCCUCGGGUCUGCUCUUUGCUCCGGAAAACUCGAUUAUACGAAAUGUCUUCACUAAGUACCUUCCUACAUGGAUUUCCAAGGUCCCAGACGUCGAAGCAAAUUGGAGAGCAGACGUUCAGUCUUUCGAUGACUUCUCAGGGCUGAUAUUUCCAAUAUCCUUCUCCCCGGAUAGUCAGACUUUAGCAUAUGGUGCUCAUGAUGGCAGUAUCAAGCUCUGGGACGUCAUGACGGGAGUCCUGAAACAGUCUUUAGAGCAACAUCCAGAGGAAUCAAAAAACCCUUCGAGGAUUGCCUUUUCGCCAAAUGGCCGAUUCCUCGCUUCUACCGUUUUUAAUGGUCGCACUAUUAAGCUUUGGGAUCCUGCCACAGGUGAAUUGAAGCAAGCGCUUAGCCAUUCACGGUGCUCCCCUUGUCUUCCGAUUUUCUCUCCUGACGGCCGCUUCUUGGCUUCCCCUUCCAGUAACCGUGAUUGCCCCACAAUUUUCCUGUGGAACUUGGUCGAAGAUUGCUUUGAGGAAGAAGCAGUCAACGGGCUAGGAGAUGCUUAUUGUGUAGCAUUCUCCCCUGAUAGCCAGCUUUUAGCGUUUGCUUCAGAUGAUGGCUUGGUGAAGUUGUGGGACAUUUCUUCCGGCACUCUUCGGCAGACCUUGGAAUGCCACACAAAGCAAAUAACACGUCUCUCAUUUUCUCACAAUGGCCAGUUUCUUGGGAUUAUGUGCAAGAAAUACAGAUUCAUAAUCUGGAAUAUCGAGACCGGCGCUGAGAAGAUUCUUCCGGGUCAGAUAUUUGCCGGAAUAUUCUCACCCACCGAGAAGAUUCUCAUGACUGUGUCAGAUAAGUUUUUACUAUCCUCCUGGGAUCUUGACACAGGCCUUCCAAUGAAGGAAUUUCAAGGCAAAUAUUGCAAUUAUGAUCAAGUAUUUUCUCCUGAUGGCAAGUUCUUGGCCCUUGCGCAGGACCAAUCGCAUGUCAUGAUGUUGGACAUGUCCACGGGUAUUCCGCAUGCCCCUUUUGGUGCACACGCUGAUAGCGUGUUAUCUAUGGCUUUCUCCCCCAACGCCCAAUUUUUGGCGUCUGCCUCAGGGGACAAGAUAGUUAAAAUCUGGCAUGUUGGUGCAGGUAUACCGAAGCCAGAACAAGUUCCUGAAGCUCAUUCAAACAGAGUUUCUUUAUUAAGCUUUUCUUCUGGCGGUGAGACAUUGAUAAGUUACUCGGACGACGGGACAGCGGCGCUGUGGUGCCCGAAGGUAGGCAGUUUGUUCCAAAAGCAACCACUCGGAAGCUCUCCUGGGAGUUCUCCUGGACGAUACAUCGCGUUAGCACCCAGCGGCAAAGUUCUCGUUUCUAUUUCAGUCAACAAAGAAAUCAAACUGUGGAGAAUAUCUAAGUUCACAAUUGAGUCUAUUCCGAGCUUCCAGGGCCUGGAAUCCGCAGAUGAGCCGCGUGAGACUCGUGGGGUGAUAUUCUCUCCCUGUAGCCGCACUUUAGCCUCCCUUUCGGGGAACACUAUUCAGCUUUGGGAUGCAGACACCGCGACGGGCUCUCUCAGCCUAAAACAUACUCUAGAUGGGCAUUCAGAUCAUGUUUGGGAUACUCUAUCAUUUUCACCAAACAGCCAACUCCUAGCAACUUCUUCAAAAGAUAAAACGGUCAAGCUUUGGAACACCACAACUGGCUCUUUGGAGGAAACAUUUCAAUGCCAUCCGAUGGAUGUGUUCGAUGUGAAGUUCUCUCCCAACGGUCGAUUUAUUGCUUGCACCUUGACCGGUGAGCGUAGACGGGAUCUCUCUCUCCUGGAUAUUGCUACCGGGGACCAAAAACAGACCUGGCGAUCUGUGGGAUACACCCGCAAUUUAACAUUCUCUCGAGAUGGCUCAUAUUUGAACACAGAUUUUGGGUCCCUGGACAUCCAGCCUGAGUAUUGGGACACUCCCAUUUCCCCGAAGACGGAUAUGGAGAUUUCUAUCUCAAAGUCACACUGGGUGACCUUUAACAGCCGAAAGACAUUAUGGCUGCCUCCCGAGUACCGACCCAGUUGCUUCGCGAUCCAUGGCAAUAUUCUUGUACUCGGGUAUGAAUCAGGAAGGGUUUUGUUUCUAAACUUAUGUUCUUAA